AUGGCAAGAACCUCUCAAGACAAGAAACACUUCCAUUGGUCAAACAAAGUCAGCAAUGAAGAUCAAGAACAUGAAGAGUUCCCUUCUUUCAAUUCUUGCCCAUCCAAGGACGACAAGAUAUUACCAUCACCCUUAACCAGAAAGAAGCAGAUUCAAGCCGUGACGAUUGCUAGGUUUCGCUCGGUCCUUACGGCACUAGGUAAGAACCGAGCGAACGUGCUACAUGGGCUUGGACCGAGGGUCGUAGGAACCCUUUUCGGUUCUCGUAGAGGCCACGUCCAUUUCGCGUUCCAGAAGAACCCCACCUCCCAACCCACCUUCUUGAUCGAGCUUCAAACCCCGAUCAGUGGGCUCGUUAAGGAAAUGGCUUCUGGGCUCGUCAGGAUCGCGUUAGAGUGUGAUAAACAAGAUGAUCACAACAAGAUCAAGAAAGCCGGCAACUCGACAAGACUCUUGGAAGAGCCCGUUUGGAGGACGUAUUGCAACGGGAAGAAGUGCGGUUUCGCGUACAAAAGGGAAUGCGGGGAGAAAGAAUGGAAGGUUCUGAAAGCGGUGGAGCCGAUAUCCAUGGGAGCUGGUGUGUUACCUGCAAAUCAUAAGGCGGGUGAAGAAGAUGAAGGUGAGAUGAUGUACAUGAGAGCUAAGUUCGAAAGGGUUGUGGGAUCAAGAGAUUCAGAAGCUUUCUACAUGAUGAAUCCAGACAGCAAUGGAGCACCUGAACUUAGCAUCUAUUUGCUUAGAACUUGAACCCAAUUCCAUUGAAGCUAAAGGAGUUGUUAUCUUGAAUUUUCUUGAUCUUUUUCUUGAAUUUGGUUAUUUCUGUCAUAGAGAAUGGUGAAAAAGGGUGAGUUUGAUGUAAUUU